UCUUUACUUGACUUUCGUUCACCUUCUCUAUCGCACUUCUAUAACCUCCAAAUCGAUAUAAUCACCAAGAUGUUCAAGUCAGCCACCGUCCUCGCUACCCUCGCUCUCAUUGUUUCCCCUGUCUUGGCCGCCGACUACAGGGUGUUGGUCAACAAGCCUGAUUGCCAGACUGUUGAUCAAUUCAAAUUCAACUACGAAACCCUCUGCCCCGUCUUCGACGUCGGAUCUCCCAACACAUACAAAGGCGUCUUGUUUGAAGCCGGGGACUUUUCCGGAGCCAACAACGCUACUCAAGCCCGUGUGUACUGCACCUGGACUAACGCUACGGAUGGUUCCACCUACACUCUCUCCGACGACGUCGCCAUCUCUCUCGGUGGAUCCAAAGCGUGAUCCAAAUCUUAAAGUUUUCUUUGAAAGGGGCUGAGACGGCAUGAUGGUGGAUCGUUUGUAGUAAAUCGGUUGAUAGCGGAAUGAAUCUCGUUUGCUGCGA